AUGCGCAACCUUCAGGUGACCGGUGACCGUAUGGAAACCAUGGUAGCUCAGGCUAGAGAGGUUCAACAAAUCAUCCAGGGGCCGGAUGCCAUGAGAGCAGCUGAGCAAAUGAAGAGAAAUGAGGAGAAAUUGGCUGAGAUGGAAGCAGCACUGAAACAGGCAAAAGCAGAUCUGGCCAAGGAACAGGAGCACAAAAAGAAAGCAGAACAGCUCCGUCUAACUGAGUCAUCCAAGCUCAAAGAAGAGACGGCGAAAACAGAACAACUUACUGCUCAGUUGAAAGAAGCGCGAAAUAACCUAAAGAAGAUCGAGAAGAAGAACAAGCAGGACGAGACACGCAUAGGUACCCUUGAAGCUGAGAAGUUUGACCUGGAAGAUAAGGUGAAAUCUCUCAAAAAGGAACUAGACCUAGUCAAGAAAAAAGCUGCAGAAGAUAGAUCAAAAGCAAAGAAGGAGAAGGAGCGAGAUGCUGAGCAAGUGCGUCGCUUGGAAAGUGAGGCUUUGGAACGUGAAGCCGAGCGUGAUCGUGAGAGGCAGCAGCAUGACGACUUUAGAAGAGAAGUGAAGAAUCGUGAGCAGAAGUGGGAGAAGGUUGGUUUCAAGGUUUCCGCAGCAUAA